UUUUCUUUUUUUCUUUUUUUUCCUUUUUUUUUUUUUAUUAUUCACCUUGUCGAAACUUGGUUCUAAAACUGUAACACACAGUUAUAUAAUCCUUGAAAGUUCUGCGAUUGGUCGAGCGAAGUAAUCCACUCGAUAUCGACCAAUCACGGUUAACAAAUGAUCUACGUGCAAGCUCAUCGAACCAAUUAACCGUAUUUUCCAAGAUGGCGAUCAGAUCGUUUCGUGUUCGAAGAACUUUCGAAGUGUUUGAGGAUUAUCUAUACGUUUUUUCUUUGUCGUACGUAACAAUUACGUUCACAAAUUAAGACGAUCGUUUUAACGAUUAAAGAAAUUCAUCGACGUUGCAUUCUUCGUAGAAAAGAAUCGAUGAGAAUAAAUUCACGAGGUGGAAAGAAAAAAAAUCAUUGUUCCUGUUUGAUCAUUUACGAGACAUUGGUGUCACUCUUUCGUUUCGUUGUAAUCGUUUUAUCAGACAAGAUGGCUUCAUACUUCGAAAAUAUGAAAUUUUUUCAGAGAGGAUCGUCAAAGGUCAAAAAGUUAGAAGGUAGAAAUUCCCAUGCGCGUUCGGAGCAACCGUGGAGGGCCACGGUCGAAAGGAGAGAAGGAGCAUGACGUAGUAAUUGGCGAGGGGGGCGUUUGGGAUGCUCCUGACUUCCGGCUAGGGUCGUAUGGAGGGGAAAGACGAGACCACCACGGAGGACACCCUAUUUUUCAAUCUGACGACCGUCGCUACCAACGACAUCGACGAGUUACUACCAAGAUUUCCCGGAAAGCAUUCGCUUUACACGCCUCUUCAGGCUAUACUGAUCGCCCUGGUGCUGGUAGGCAUUAUCGUCGGCACUGUCAUUGGAAACAUCCUGGUUUGCGUCGCGGUAUUCCUCGUUAGGAAGCUACGACGACCGUGCAACUAUCUAUUGGUUAGCCUUGCUGUCAGUGAUCUCUGCGUGGCGCUCCUGGUAAUGCCGAUGGCAUUGCUAUAUGAGAUAUCCCAUAAUUGGACAUUCGGAGCGCUUAUGUGUGAUCUUUGGGUUAGCUUCGAUGUACUCAGUUGCACCGCCAGUAUUCUCAAUCUAUGUAUGAUAUCUCUCGAUCGGUACUGGGCGAUCACGAAGCCUCUUCAAUAUGGCGUAAAAAGGACACCAAAACGGAUGAUAAUCUACGUUACCCUCGUUUGGCUCGUCGCAGCUUGCGUUAGUCUGACGCCAUUGUUGAUUAUCGAAAAUGCUCAUACCUAUUCGGAAACUGGACCGUCACACUGCACCGUCUGUCAGAAUUUCUUUUACCAGAUCUACGCAACCCUCGUCAGCUUCUACAUACCUCUAAUUGUCAUGAUACAGGUGUAUUACAGGAUAUUCUGUGCAGCCCGAAAGAUAGUUCUCGAGGAAAGAAAGGCUCAAAGCCAUUUGGAAAGCCGCUGUUACCUCGAUAUUGAACCAUCCGUGCAGAAUCCAAUGGCGCCUGGUAUAAAUCGUCAAUUUAAUUCAGAAGUAAUUACGGAACAAGGUAGUCCACCUGUCAAACAACACAGAAGUUCCAGUGCUUCCACUACGAUACGUUCGAAAGCUCGUGGCGAAUGCAGGCCGGAAAAUAAAACACCGUGCAGCGGUCAUGCAGUGAGAUGUUUCGCCGGUGGUCCACGAAAAAGCAACGAGUCGCAGUGUCCGAUGUUGCAGAAGUUAGAGAAGCCAAUUUUAUCGUCGUCUACGACGACGAUGACACCGUCGAUAACGUCGACGUCGAAACCGACAUUGAUAAGGAAUCAUUUGAACAGCACCUGUAGCGUAACCAAUUCGCCUCAUCAAAAGAAAUUAAGGUUCCAUUUGGCGAAGGAAAGGAAAGCUAGUACGACAUUGGGCAUCAUAAUGAGCGCAUUCAUCAUCUGUUGGUUGCCAUUUUUUGUUCUUGCAUUGGUCAGACCAUUCCUUCCCGAUCCACAGGCUAUUCCAACAUUUUUAUCGAGUCUAUUCCUUUGGUUGGGUUAUUGCAAUAGCCUUUUGAAUCCGAUUAUUUACGUCACCCUUAAUAGGGAUUUUCGUAAGCCAUUCCGUGAGAUAUUAUGUUUCCGAUGCAGCAGCUUAAAUCACAUGAUGCGAGAAGAGUUCUAUCAAAGUCAAUAUGGCGAUCCAGUGAAUAACUAUGAAAUAAAAGCCGGCGAAACCGAAAGCGGUGAUAGAUUGGACGAUCAAGGGGUCGAAGCAAUCGACGUUGUGGCGAAUACACCUAAUGAGAGCUUUCUAUGAUCAAAGUGAAUAAUUAUUACCUUUAUCAAAUGAAUUCUUCUCACUGAUCUGAGCUUCUUAUGAGGAUAUA